UUAAAAAGGGGAACCAGAUCGACCUUAUAUAUAUUUUCAGUCGGUUAGGGAAGAAGAAGAAGAGAUUUGCAGAAAAGAAAAUGGUGCAGCUGAUCAAACUAAUAGCUGAAGUCCUAUCAAGCUUAUUGCAACCAUUUUCCUCCAAAUAUUUCUUACUGGCAGCCAUUUUCCUCAUCCUCAUAUACAAAUGGUCCUUCACCACCUCCACCCCAAACCCAUCGCCACCUUCUCCGCGAAAGCUGCCUGUCAUCGGAAACCUUCACCAACUAGGGUUGUACCCUCAUCGCUCCCUUCGAGCUUUGGCUCAACGGCACGGGCCUCUCAUGAUGCUCCAUUUCGGAAGCAUGCCAGUCCUCGUGGUCUCGUCGGCUGAGGCUGCCUCCGAGGUCAUGAAGACCCAUGACAUUCCACUCUCCAACAGACCCAAGAUCACCUUCUUUAAGAAAUUUCUCUACGACUGCAAAGAUGUGGCAUCGGCGCCUUAUGGCGAGUAUUGGAGGCAGAUCAAGAGCAUAUGUGUGUUAAAUCUUCUGAGCAGCAAAAAGGUGCGCUCUUUUCGCGCUGUGAGAGAAGAGGAAGCCAAAUCCAUGAUCAGCAACAUCAUGAAGCAAUCAACUUCAACCACAUCGUCAGUUUUUAAUUUAAGCGAUAUCUUCCGGACGCAUACCAAGGACGUUAUCUUUAGAGUUACACUUGGGACCAAGUACAGCGAUGGCAACCAAGAUGGGAAGAUGUUUAAGGGGCUUGCCAUGGAGUUGAAUGAGAUAGCAUCACGCAUCAAUAUUGGUGACUAUAUCCCAUGGCUUUCUUGGUUCUCGCGUCUCAGUGGUUUGGAUGCUAAACAAGACGAUCUCGCUAAACGAUUAGAUGACUUCUUAGAGACAGUUGUUCAAGAGCAUAUGGAUGGCGAUGGUCAUGUCAAGAACGAGGACGAAAAGGAUAUUGUGGACGUUUUGCUUUCCCUUCAGAAAGAAAACGUGCUUGCUAUUCCUCUCGAUCGAGUUUGCAUCAAAGCUAUUACCUUGGAUAUGUUUGCGGCUGGCACUGAUACGACAUCUACAACCCUAGAGUGGACAAUGUCCGAGCUUUUAAGGCAUCCUAGAGUGAUGAAAAAAUUGCAGGACGAGGUACGAGGAACAGUCGGCAACAAAACGGACGUAACGGAGGAUGAUUUAGUAGGAAUGCACUACUUGAAGGCGGUGAUUAAGGAGGCUCUUCGCUUACAUCCUCCACUUCCGCUACUGUUGCCUAGGAUCUCAACCCAAGAUGUGAAAAUAAACGGUUACAACAUCAAGGCCAGCACACUGGUUAUAGUGAAUGCAUGGCAGAUUGGGAGAGAUCCCAAGUCAUACAACAACCCAGAGGAGUACGAGCCGGAAAGGUUCUUGAGUAGUGACAUAGAUUAUAAAGGGAAUGACUUAGAACUAAUUCCGUUUGGGGCUGGCCGACGUGGUUGCCCUGGAACGCAGUUUGCUGUGGCUGUUGAAGAGAUUACUUUGGCAAAUUUAGUGCACAAGUUCGAUUGGGCAUUGCCUGGUGGUGCAAGAGGGGAGGACCUAGACAUGUCCGAAUCAACGGGUGUGCAUGUCCGUAGAAAAUAUCCUCUAAAAGCAGUAGCUAUUCCAUAUUCUUGCUGAAUUAUGUGUUUGCGUGCGUGUACUCGUCUAAAGUUUUUUGCACUCGAUGAUUGGUGUGGGGCAAAAUACGGGUCAACUCAAACGAAGAAAGAUAAAGAAAAUAAAAUGAUCGUUUAGGCUUUCAAAAGCGCAUUUUAAUUUCCGUAAUAAAAAUCAAACUUUUCGUUUGUGAUCA